UGUGAGAGCAUUAAAACAUGAAUCUACCAAGCUGCAUCCUACUCCUAGUCGGCAUCUACAGUCUUACAACACCCGUGCACCUUACGAAGAAUCCGCAUGGUGGCACUUCCCAUGAGGUGACCCAACAAAACCAUGCAAUGAAAGAAGACCACGGCGCCCGUGAAAGUUCGCCCGUAAGGCAUCAGCCGCAAGAGGUCGUUAUUCAGAGUGACCGAGCACCGUCAAGAAGGACACGCGGAAUCAACAAGCGUCUUCUGCUCGGAGCGUUAGCUUGGCAUAUACUCCAGAAUUCGAAUCGUCCACCUCCACCACCACCUCCUGAUACCACCCCUCCUACACUUACGCACUGCCCCUUUGUCGGAGACGUCACGCUCCCUAGCGGACAAACGCAGGCCUGCAUCAACAUAGGCCAACCCACAUACACGGACGAUCGUUCCAAAGCAGUAAGGGUGAUACAGAACGGUAACACACCGCCAGGUGGCUGUUUUCCCGAGGGAGCUUACGUCAUUUCCUACAUUGCUCUGGACGAUGCUGGAAACAGGAAUGACCAGUGUCAAGUUCGAUUCAGUGUCAAAGCCAUACAUUGCAGCUCGGGACCUCCAAAAGUCGCACACGGCUACAAGGAGACCUGCACGCCAAUAACUCCCCUGGAAGACGUCUUGGGGACCACCUGCACGUAUAGGUGUUUGCCUGGGUUUAGGCUGGAAAACCCUACCUCACAGUCAACCGUCUGCAUUCAGACGGGCGACCAGGAAGCCGAAUGGAGUGGAAACUUAACUUGCCAAAAAACAAACUGUCCAGACGCUGAGAGUCCUCCCCACGGUCGGUAUAGCUGUACUGACGGGUCGCGGUACCAGAGUGUGUGUAGACUGGAGUGUGACGUCGGCUAUGCUCCUUCCACACACAAGCACAGCAUGGUGUGUCAGGCAGACGAGCAGUGGUCUACAGUAGCAGCUAUAUGUGUCGAUGUCAAGCCACCAAAGUUCACUAACUGCCCCGAUGACGUCAUAGCGUAUGCUGAGAGGAACGAGGAUCACGUAACGGUCACGUGGCCGCCUCUACAGGCACAUGACAACUCUGGAGAUGAGCCAAUCGUCGUGCAGGUUGACGGGCCUUUAAACGGAUCUGUGUUGAGCACAAACGGAAGGAAGUACCGAGUUGUGCAUACUGCAACAGACAAUCAGGGCAAUGGAAAUAAUUGCUCGUUCAACGUCAUACCUCAUGCCAAGAGGAAUAAAGGGGAGAAGGCAGAAAGGAGACGAAAAAAAUGA